AUGACUCAGAGAGUGCGAAAAGCAGAACAGCCGAAAAGGGGUGACAAGCAGACAGCCGGAAACAGUCGACAAGCAGACAGUUGGAAAGAGUCGACAAGCAGACAGCCGGAAACAGUCGACAAGCAGACAGCCGGAAAGAGUCGACAAGCAGAACAGCCGGAAAGAGACGACAAGCAGAACAGCCGGAAAGAGUCGACAAGCAGACAGCCGGAAAGAGUCGACAAGCAGAACAGCCGGAAAGAGACGACAAGCAGAACAGCCGGAAAGAGUCGACAAGCAGAACAGCCGGAAAGAGUCGACAAGCAGAACAGCCGGAAAGAGACGACAAGCAGACAGCCGGAAAGAGUCGAUAAGCAGAACAGCCGGAAAGAGUCGACAAGCAGAACAGCCGGAAAGAGACGACAAGCAGAACAGCCGGAAAGAGACGACAAGCAGAACAGCCGGAAAGAGUCGACAAGCAGAACAGCCGGAAAGAGACGACAAGCAGAACAGCCGGAGAGAGUCGACAAGCAGAACAGCCGGAGAGAGUCGACAAGCAGAACAGCCGGAAAGAGUCGACAAGCAGAACAGCCGGAAAGAGUCGACAAGCAGAACUGCCGGAAACAGUCGACAAGCAGACAGUUGGAAACAGUCGACAAGCAGAACAGCCGGAAAGAGUCGACAAGCAGACAGCCGGAAAGAGUCGACAAGCAGAACAGCCGGAAACAGUCGACAAGCAGACAGCCGGAAAGAGUCGACAAGCAGAACAGCCGGAAAGAGUCGACAAGCAGAACAGCCGGAAACAGUCGACAAGCAGAACAGCCGGAAUGGGGCAAAACUCCUUCUAACUGA